GAGGCAUCCAACUGCUUGAUGGAAAGUUGUUUUGAUCGAGUCCAGAUUCAGCGUUUCCUGAGGAGAUCGAGAUAUGCAAGUGUGAAUGACGGAAACAAUAUAGAAAGAGAUGAAGAGACGCAAAUGCAGAUGGCAUAUCAGCCGUAGCCAUGGGAUUGUCUCCGAAGAACAAAGCUCGCAAGCCCUCCCAUCUCCUCCCUUGCGUCAGUGCUUUGGCUGCCUUCUCCAUCACCGCCCUUCUCCUCUAUAAGGUGGACGACUUCGCUUCCCAAACGAAAACCGUCGCGGGCCACAAUUUAGAGCCCACGCCGUGGCACCUCUUCCCACCCAAGACCUUCAGCGAACAAUCUCGGCAAGCCCGAGCUUACAAAAUCAUCCACUGCUCUUACCUUGCUUGCCACUCGGGCACCGACACCAACACCAUCCCCGAACGACACCGGACUCAUCCCUCUCAACCGAGCAAGAAAUGCCCGGCUUUCUUUCGGUGGAUCCACCACGACCUGGAACCCUGGGCUAAGACGGGGAUUUCUCCAGCCCAUUUGGCCGAGUCCCAGAAAUUUGCGGCUUUCCGGAUCGUGAUCGUUUCGGGGAAGCUGUACGUGGAUUUGUAUUAUACGUGCGUGCAGAGCCGAAUGAUGUUUACGAUAUGGGGGUUGUUGCAGCUACUCAAGAGGCAUCCUGGGAUGGUACCUGAUGUCGAUAUGAUGUUUGAUUGCAUGGAUAGGCCUCGUAUCAACGUGACUGAGCACGAAUCCAUGCCGCUGCCGCUGUUUCGUUAUUGCACCAAUGAGGAUCACUACGACAUCCCGUUUCCUGAUUGGUCUUUUUGGGGUUGGCCAGAGACAAAUUUAAGGCCCUGGGAUGAGGAGUUCCGAGACAUUAAACAAGGUUCUCAACGUACAAGUUGGUCGAAGAAGUCUCCCCGAGCAUAUUGGAAAGGAAAUCCUGAUGUUGGGUCUCCUGUCCGUGUAGAAUUACAGAAUUGUAAUCACUCUACGAUGUGGGGAGUGCAAAUCAUGCGUCAGGAUUGGGAAGAAGAAGCACGAAUUGGUUACGAGCAAUCCAAACUAUCAAAUCAGUGUAAUUACCAGUAUAAAAUUUAUGCGGAAGGCUACGCUUGGUCCGUGAGCUUGAAGUACAUUCUAUCAUGUGGUUCUCUUGCACUAAUAAUAUCCCCAGAUUAUGAAGAUUUCUUCAGUCGGGGUCUCAUUCCCAAGAAAAACUAUUGGCCUGUCUCUGUAAAUGAUUUAUGCCCCUCAUUAAAGCAUGCUGUUGAUUGGGGUAAUAAACACCCAUCUGAGGCUAAGGCAAUAGGAAAAGAAGGGCAGAAAUUGAUGGAAACCUUGAGUAUGGAUAGGGUCUAUGAUUACAUGUUUCACCUCAUUACGGAGUACUCAAAGCUGCAGCACUUCAGGCCAGUCCCACCUUCUUCUGCUCAAGAACUGUGUCCGGAGUCCCUGAUUUGCUUUGCGGAUGGCAAGCAGAGGGAAUCCCUGGAACAAUCAACUGUCUUGCCUUCAAAAGAACCACCAUGCACCCUUCAGCCUGCCGAUAGUAAUCUCAUCAAGAGCUUGAUACAACAGAAAAAGAAAAUUAUCAAGGAUGUGGAAGACAUGAAGAAGCUGAAAGCACAGAGACGUUCAAACUAGGACAGCUGGCAUUGUGGUUAUGAAGGAAAAUUAAAUUUUGUAGUCUCUUAUAGUUGUAGGUCCAAUUCCAACCUCUCCAGGUCCAAAUUUCAUAGAAUCAAGGCCAUAUUUCCUGUUGUUUUCGUGAAUAAAAUGAAGUUCAGAUAUACUUUUGUUAGCAAAGAUGGUGUGAAGAUUCUUUGUAGAAACGACCUUCUUUCUUGAUAAUGCAUGAUAAUUCAAAGCCAAAAAGUUAUGGGAUCAAGACCACUCUUGUGGUCCCAAUUAAAUUCCAUUUUUUCACUUUCCUUUUA